AUGACCAGCACCAGCACCAGCACCAGCGCCCCCUGCCCCUGUCCACCCCAAAUCAAACACCUCUCCUCCACCCUCCCUGUACAAGGCUCCUUUGACUUCAGCUUCCUCACCACCCUCACCCAGCCCCUCGACGACCUCUGCAAAUCCAUUGAGGGCUGUAGAAGUCCCUGCCACAGCGCUAGCCACAGCUACAACCAGGACCUGAAUGGCCCGCUCGUGGAUCUCUCCGACGCCGUGCUCUCCCUCUGCCACGCAGCCUGCACCGCCUACAGCCUCCUCGACGACGAGCUUGGUCCCACUGCUACCGCUUCUGGCAAUGGCACCGCGACUGCCACGCCUGCGUCCCAUGCAGCCUCCUCGCUGACAUGUGCCAAAUCCCCCAUGGCGCUGGGGAAACUCACCCUCCAGGCCGAGGAGGAGACCCUCCUCGCGCGACAGGUGGUCUCCGCCGUGCUCACCAAUUUGAGUGUCCUCCUGCGCGAUGUGUAUCUCCGUGGAAAGGAGACGGCCGGGGUGGACUUGGACCGGGGGAUGGGUGCUUCGAGCAUGAGGCCCGGGCUGUACGGUCGGGAGGGGGCCGGCCCUGUUAGUCGGUGUUUAUCGAGGGUGUUGGCGCUGCUGGGGAGAUUGUUUUCGGAGUGA